AAAGUAUUCAGUUUUGUUAGCCAGACUCAUUGUCACAAGAAAUUGCCUUUUUUUCACAUGUGCCCAUCUGAAUCACAAUAUUUUGUAUUUUUACUAAUUCUUUAUAAGUUAAUUAACCUUAAGGAUCCGCAAUCGUGCUGGAAAUCAGCCAGAAUUUAACUUUGUAGCACUUUUCUUGUCACCAUGACAACAGCAUAAACGCCAUCUAUGUCCUACAUACACAAUUUCGUCGUACAUAUGUACAUGCAUCGUGGACUCGUACCGUACGUAUACAAAAUCCAGUUCGUAAACUCAAGUAUUCAACUUAGUUCUGAUAGAUUGGAUAAAGAUCUAUUUACAAACCAUUUAAUACAUAUACAUUCCAACAUGGCAACGACUUUGCCAUCGUUAGACGCUCUUCUUGGUAAAGAGAAGAAGAGUAAUGUCUCCUUUGGGACGACAACGGACAGGCCGCUGUUCCCAGGAAAGAUUCCACAGAAUCGGAUGGGAGCUGGGAUGGGACUGGAGACCGCUCCCCACAGAGCUCCCUGUAGCUACGACAAUGAUGAGAAAACCACAUUUCUGUAUGAUAUCGACAAGCAAGUGACCAGCUCCAAAGGCUACACGAUGGGCGCAAGGACUGGACCCAGAUUCAGAAAAGAAUUUCAGACGGUCACACCAUGCCCAACAGCCUAUCAGACUAAGCACACUGACCCUAUCCAAUUUGACACCUCCAAGAAGCCCUUUCACGUUGGUGCCAACAGAUUCUACCGAAACACAGUCGACCCUGAGCUGACGCCUGGUCCCGGAAGCUACGAGCACAACAUUCCUAGGAACCGUAAGGUAGCCUUCCACGGGACCUUCGGGGGUCCUCAGCUCCUAAAGAUCCAACCAGACGACUCGGUCCUCCUUCCUGACGAUUGCAAAGGAACGACCACCAAGAGCCGUCUCAUGACAUACAAAGACAAGCGGAAGUUUGCCAUACGGGAAGCCUACCUUAGCCUUUACUACUAAAACAGGAAAUUACCCUCUUUCAGGGAAAAAAGUUAUGCAAAUCUAAUGUCAGGAGAUUUGAAAGUUCGAUUCAGCUGCAGACUUGAAGCAGAGUCCAAAGCUUGUGUCUAGAGCUGGGACCAGGUCUUCUCUACUUGCAAACCUGCAGGCACAAGUCAGCAAAGGAUGUAGCCAUAGCUCUAUGGAAGCCAACUUUCAUGAUGGUCAAGUCUACAGACUGGUCAACUGUUGGGUUGGGUUUGGUGCUCAUUUUUUUGUCUCUCCACAUCUAAACUAAAUAUGAAAGAUUGCAACAAAUUGUAAUCUUCAAACUUUGAUUUUUCUACAAGGGAAACAAGUUAUUGAAUGUUCUUCCAUUUCCAAAUUCCAUCCUUCAACAAAGUAACUUUUAUGCAAGCAAGAAAGGCAGUUUAUACAUAAAAUGCUUCAUACUUUUUCUACAUCUGUAACUUCACAAGUCAACUCUAAUUUGUCCU